CUUGAACUCACGCUGAUGAUCAUCUCUGUUGUCAACAAUUGAGCAGCCGUCUGAUCAUCGACAGACUGCUCCCCCAGAAUGCGGCAUAAGGCUGUGGCAAUACCUGAAAUGCGCCCGGCGUCAAGGGCCGCAAAAAAGGAAACGGGCCCUCAAGCGCGUUUCAGAUUCUGCCAACCCUUGACCAGCAUUCAACCACAGCCACUCUUUCACCUCUCCUCUCCCCGGCCUGAGGAAGACAUGGAAUCUGCAGCAGCUGCAUGAUUUUGGACCGAAUUGGGCAUCACUUGACUCGAUCUCUCGGGACAAUGCCACAGGUGAGAGGGCCUUCGUUUCUGAAACUGGGUUUGAAGACUUCUCAGACGGUACACACCAUCUGACCAAUAGACACGUCUUUCCCGUGAGUGUCGCAUCUCAGAUACUACAGCUUCAUCUCGCGCUCGCGCUUAUGACGGUGGUGACUCUGAGACUUUCUCUCUCCGAGAUCAAUGGGUUGAAGAUCAAAAAGGCCCGUUAAAGAAUGCUGCCGCUACCUCCUCUGAUGUUGGCCACCACUCGUCUCUUUCCAUGUACAUUCACUUCUAUUGAUGCUCCGGCUACUCAAUAGCCUGCUGUCAUCCUAUUGUUCUAUUCAUCCCAGCGUUCGAGCCAGUUAAUUGCGCCUACAAAUAUUCUUUCCAAUCCAAGUCCUGAACCCUUUCGUGAUACCCAGUCCUGGCAAUAAUCAUCAUUUUCCCCCAAAAUCUACACCAAGGAUUUCAACCGACUUAAUCAAGAUCCAAUCCGCAACAUGCGCUUCUUUGGCAAAACCCUGGCCGGCGCCGGUUACGUCGUGCUCAACAUCAUCCGAGUUAUGAACAUAAUUGCCCUUUUGGCCGUCAUAGCGGCGAGUUCGGUCAUGCUGGUCAAGACCUUCAUAGUGUCAAAAUUUUUCUUUUUCGACGCCUGCGAGCACGUUCUUCGGGUCGUCAUGAGUGGAUUCCUCAUCCUCACCGAGCUCUCUCUCUUCAAGUCCUACUUCUCCAAGAAUUGGCCUCUUUUCAGCACCCGCUCGAGUUUUGUCAUGCUCGGCCUUGCCAUGAUCUUCCUUGGGAACAGUCUUCUUGGGAACCUCAACAAACACGCCACCAGUCAAGAAAGCCUGGGUCUGCCAUUCUGGCGGCUUGUGAUUGCCGCGGGGAUCAUUGUGUUUGUGAUGGGCUUUAUCAAUCUCUUUGCAAGCUAUGUUUUCAGAGAUACCAAGGCGCAUCUCACGGCUCGACAGGUGCGGUCGCAUGGGGCGGUCGCAUCACACAAAGCAGACGUGGAAGCGUCGACUCCGAAACCGCCGAGUCGGAAAAGUCACUAUCGGUCGUUCUUCCUGGGCAAACGAGAUUCCCUGCCCUCAUACUAUUCUCGCAAGAAUACGGAGCGCGCCAACAUGGCCGAGACACCCAAGAUGCAUCUGGCCAUUUCCAGUCCCUUCCCACAGAACCAGCCCCUGACUCGCGCCGCCCAGAGUCCCGGUGCAGCCAGUUCCAAGUACAGCCAAAGUCCCAAGAGUGAGCGAUAUGCUAUGAGCCCUGAAGUCAACCGGCCGGAUUUGGCGCAUCAUCCCGCUAUGACACAAGGCCAUGCUAUCUGAGAAGGCUUGCACAGCGAAGGAGGUGAGAACGGGGAUCAGAGCAUAUUUGAGAUGUAAAGAUGGAAUACGAUGAUCGUAUCGAUUGAUCUCCACAUCAUUUACACUCUCGAGUCCUCCAGCACGGACGAGAGGGACCAACAAUCAAGGCCGUGCAUGUUUUGCUAUUUUUGAUUCUUGCAGCAGAUACCCAGACCCAGGCGGCAAGAAAUAAUCAGACAGUGAUGAGUUACGAAA